CGGGCGGGUCGGCUCCGAGGGAUCUGAUACCUGCUGAUCGAUGAUCCACAAAAUAAAGCUGGAAUGUCCUUCAGACCCGUCUUAAUGUAAUUCCUGAGUAAUCGAUAAGGAGAUUUCUGCAUGAUUUAAAAGGGAUUAGACGAUUGAGGGAAAGAUGACAUUAAUAAACGUCUCCCCGUCAGUAAACAAUGCAGAAAAGAUUAACACGGAUCCUAAAAAUUUGAACCUGAAUAUCAACGUGAAGGUUCCCGAACUUUUCUCCAAGCUUUUCUACGUUUCAAUUAUCACAUCAUUUGUUUUAUUGAUGGGCGUAUCAGCGAUAAUAUCGCUACAACUGCAAGAGUUACGAAUGCAGGUGGAAUCCCUCAUGUUGAUGUGUCAAGACAAAGGGAAUCAAAAUAAUCGUGUUGAAGAGUUAAAUCGAUUCCAGCGAGCAACAGAUUAUAACGAUUCUGUUAACCUUUUUACCUUCGAGCACUCCAAUCAUCAAAUAAAAGUAAGAGAUGAUGGACGUACCGACACUGUUACGUUAAUGCCUUACAAUCAGACAGUUUCGGAUCAAUCGAUAUCUCAUGAAAAUAAUGCAAUUGAAAGAAAUGUCAGUAGAUCAACAUAUUAUAAAAAGAAUACAAUUAAAAGAAAUGCGAGUAAUCUUUCAAAGAGAUCAAAGAGAUUGAUAAGUAAAUUGAUAAAGAUGUUGUUCUUGGAUUUCAACAACAAGCGAAAUUUCCCGCGUUUUGAAAUGAAAAAUUAUGUAACGACGGAGGGUGAAAUAAGCAGCGAUCACGAAUUGAACCGUGACGUAUGGGAUGAACCGCAUAUGAUAAGAUUGCGAAGAAUGGUAAGAGAUACUGAAAAACGACAGAGCGAGGAAAAGAAUGAAACACGGCGCAGGGAGGAAAGCGAAAAGCAACGUCAGAGCGUGGAGGAAGGUGAAAAACGACAAAGCGAGGAAAAAAAUAGAACACGGCGACGGAGUGAGAAAAAAGGUGAAAAACGACGACAGAACAGAAGAGGGCACAAACACAAUCACAGAUCGAAACCAUUACUACCAUUAGUAGCUACGUUCAAAGGUGGAAUGGACACACUAGAUUUUAAUCUAACACGUACUCCUACAGGUAGCUAUAAUAUCGGGCCUUGGGUUAAAAGCGAACAUGACAACCAUCAAUAUGAGUUCACAAAGUUUCAUUUGGUGGAGGGUAAUAUGGCGAUCGAAGUUGCCAUAAAUGGUUUAUAUAUGAUCUCUGUACAGAUUACUUAUUAUGGAACACCGCCAAGUUAUUCUUAUGGGAUAUUGUUAAAUUCUGAAGGUGCAUCGAAAAAAGAAAUGCUCAUUACAUGUUCUGCCGUUUCUUCUGAAAACGGUAACAGAGUGUCAUGUUACACAAGUAUAAUUAAGUAUCUAAAGAAAAGAGACAGAUUGUCUCUGCAACAAGUGGAGAAGAAUAGAGCACUUGAUAUGAAAGAGGGAUAUAGUCAAAUACAAAUCACGCUGCUUGCCAAUGAUAGAAGACGCUCAAUGUAGAGUUUAUACGACCUUCUGAAAUAGAUAUAAAUAUAUACAUUAAGCCAACCGUAUAUAAGUGACAAAGUGUAAUGUUUAUAAUGAUUAUAAGUCAACGGUUGUGAUUAGUAGAAUUAAGAUAAAAAAUCUUAAGCCUACGAGGUAACUUAAAAUACAUAUUAGGGUGUACAGGGUGUCCAAAAAUUACGUUCUUUCACUGACAGAUUCUGUGGAAUAUUCUAAGGCAAAAAACUUUUAUGCGAAAAUAUCGAGGCUAUAAUAGUUUUUAAAUGGGAAGCACUUAAAGUUGACCAAUUAAUUUGGCGCUUUAGUACUGUGUGACGUAUUUAAACGCGUAUAAAUUUUCACAAAUUCAAUGGUCAACGAGGGCGGCAGUGUGGUCUAGACUCUAGUGGUAGAGCGCCAGACUCGUAA